AUGCCUGAACUCUCUAUUCGUCGCGUGCGAGUACAAAUACUCUGCGAUGAACCAGAUGCCUGUCCGGUCAACUUGCUGGAAAGCGCCGGCAAGCGGACAAAACUACUCAGAUACGUUCAACCGGAGUUUCGCAUGCCCAGCCUCACCGUCCCCCAAGUUCCGCGACAUGUUGCUCCUCCUCCUACGAAGGAGAACUUGGAUUAUGCGGACCUAGCCAUAAUUGACUUCGCCAAAGUGCAUACUCCAGAGGGUCGUGCUGAGCUAGCCCUCGAGGUCCGCGACGCGCUCUCUGUCCAGGGCUUCUUCUAUAUCAUCAACCAUGGCUUGACUCAGCACGAGAAUGAACGUAUCUUUGAUAUUGCCGAUGUGCCCUUCAACUCUGUCCCAAAUGAGGAGAAGCGGCUGUACGCUGCGGACAUGAAGGGCGCAGGCUCUUACCAAGGAUACAAGAUGCGCUCGGUUUUGCACAUUGACAAUGGCGUCCUCGACCAGCUGGAGCACUACAAUACCGAUUCUCACCGAGCGACAUGGAUGGCAGUCAAUCACGACAUCGCCAGGAAGAAGCAUCCGAAGGCCCUUCAAACGCUUAUGCCCGAGAUCGAGUCUUUUAUCAAGUUCAAUCACUUUGAGGUGCUCCACAAUAUCUUGCGCCUGCUAGCCAUCGGACUGGAACUUCCUGAGGAAACCUUCGUCGACCAGCACAAAUUUGAUGUCUUGGGAGAAUCAUAUGGUAAGACUGAGACAGCAUUGAUUUACUAUCCUAGAACUGAGGAGGACGAGGAGAAGACCAAAAAUGUGUGGCUGAAGGGUCAUACGGAUCUCGGCAGUGUCACCAUUCUCUGGAGCCAGCCGAUCUCCGCUCUGCAGAUUCUCUGUUCAGACGGGAAAUGGCGAUGGGUCAAGCACAUUGACAAUGCAGUGGUGGUCAACUCUGGCGAUGCGAUGGAUUUCCUCUCGGGGGGAUUCUACAAAUGCACGAUCCACCGCGUUGUGCAGCCUCCGCCGGACCAGCGCGGCCUCACUCGUCUCGGCAUCUUCUACUUCGCGAUGCCGCAUGACGAUGUGAAGCUGGUCCCGCGCCUCGAUAGCCCUGUACUCCAGAGGGUUGGAGUGAAGCGUCGCUGCAGUGACGACCGAGCACCCACUAUGGAAAGCUGGCGGCAAGGUAGGGUGAGGAUGUAUGGGUUCGUACAGUUGAAGAAACGGGAGGACGGCAAUGAGGAAACGAUUGUGGACGGGCUUCCCGUCACGUUUUUUAACUAA